UUUUAUACACAUUGAAAUGGCCGCUGAAUCGAACUCCAAGAGUGAUAUUUUGACGCUUGAGAAAGUGAGAGAGGCGUUGAUUAAACAAGAAGACACCAUAAUUUCCCGGCUGAUUCAGAGAGCAAACUUCCCUUUGAAUUCUCCGGCGUACGACGAGGGAAAGUUUCCAUCUUUUCCUGGUUCUCUCCUUCAAUUCGUUGUCAAGGAGACAGAAGCCCUCCAAUCCAAGGUUGGUCGGUAUGAAAGUCCAGAAGAACAUCCGUUUUUCCCGGAAAGUUUACCCCCUUCGUUGCUGCCCCUUCCGGCAAAUCCACCGGUAUUGCAUCCUGCUGCAGGUUCGAUUAACAUAAACGAAAAGAUUUGGGAGUUCUAUUUCGACGAAUUGCUUCCUCUGUUUGCUGCCCCGGGCGACGAUGGAAGCUAUGCAUCAACUGCUUCUAGUGAUCUUGAUUGCUUACAGGCCAUCUCUAGACGGAUUCAUUACGGAUACUAUGUAGCCGAGGUUAAAUUCAAGGGUUCCCCUCAAGACUACGAACCAGCGAUUCACGAUCAGGAUAGGGACAGUUUGAUGAAAUUGUUGACAUUUGUGGAUGUGGAAGAGAUGGUGAAGAAACGAGUUGAGAAGAAGGCAAAGGUGUUUGGGCAAGAAGUAAGCCUAGUUGACAAUGCCAACGCUAAAACCGACAAACACAACGCAAGUGAAAAAUACAAGGUUGAUCCAUCGGUAGUUUCUCGCCUCUACGAAGAAUGGAUAAUGCCGCUCACAAAGCUUGUUCAAGUUGAGUAUCUCCUUCGUCGGCUAGACUAGAUUCAAAGUUUGAUGAAUUUUGUGUGUCGUACAUUGUCAAUCAUUCUCGGACUUUGAUGACAUGAUUAUAUAAUAAUACUAAGUUCGUAAUGUA